AUGUUUGAGCAAAAUUUAAAAAAAGAAAAUGUAGAUUAAUAAGCUAUCAAGCCGAUUUCAGUAUUUAAAGUUCUCUUUUGUUUUGGUUACCCAAUUAAUUCAGCCUUAGAGAUCAUAAAUAGAAUAAUAUUCUAAAAGGAAAGAGAAUAUCAAGUACUUUUGGGACUGGAAUUAAUUUAUGGAAUAGUAUUUCUUGUCUAAUAUGGCCUCUAUAUAAAGUAGUAUUAAAUUAGAAAUGUGAAGACUAGUGUCAAUUAUAAAUAGCAUGAUCCCUUUGAUGAUGAAUUGGCAGACACAAUUUAAAAUGAAAAUGAUAAUGAAACUGUGAUAUACGACUAUUUCAGAUUUUCUGUUAUUGCAUGCUUAGGUCUUAUUAUAAACACUAUAGUCAAAGUUUAUUAGUAUGAACGCUCAAGUAUGAGUUUUAUAAAAUAAACCGGAAUCAUUGUAGUUUAUGCAAUAUUCAUUUCAAAUUUGAUAAAAAUUGCUGAAGAAAAAUAAAUAGAACACAAAACCUUUUUGGAGUUGAGUAACAGACAAACUAGAAGCGAUGAUCCCUUAUAGGUUUGA